CCACCGUCAUAGAUUCAAAUAAUUUCAUAUUUUAUUGAUACAGUAGCAUCAUAAUCAAAUAACCAAUCUUUUUAGUAAAAAGUCAUUAAUUUAUUCCUUAUGUCACCUAAGAUACACAAGAUAACCUAAGACAAAACUCAAAGCAUUAUAUCGUCAAGUUCCAAAAAUAUCCUUCAAUUCUGCACCACAGAGGGGCCCACAGAUGUGUCCUUCCCACCCCCAAUCAGCUUCCGGGAUGUGGCGCUCCACCACCGCCAGGACCACCAUCACCACCGAACAAAGGUCUCAUCACAUUCCUGCUCCCGUCACCACCCGAAUCUACAGACUCACGAGCUCCCGCAAGCAUCGUCCCCAGACGCAACCUCGCAAUUUUGAUUCUAUCCGUAGCAGCAGGGAGCCAGAGACGAGUAUUUGUUUAGGUGUUCGUUCGUCUACCGAACUCCAGUCCAAAUCUCAAUUGUUUUCUCCUACCCAGCAGCUCAGCUUACUCUUCCGAUCCCUGUCAGGUUAGUUAGUCGCAGGUAGGAUCAUGGCUGUCAAGACCAAGCGACAGCUCGCCAAGCUCGCGUCGUUCCUACUCGUCCUGCUCCUCAUCCUCGCUGCCAUCUUGCUGUGCAUCUUCUUGCUCCGGCGCCACCACAGGAAGCCGCUACCACCGGCCUCGCCGCCGGGGAACGGCUCGAACCCUGACGACAGCAUCGUGGCCUUCGACUUCUCGCCGUACCUCAUCAUGUACAAGAGCGGCCGCGUCCACCGGCUGGACGGCACCGCCCGGGUCCCGCCCGGCGUCGACGAGGCCACCGGGGUGACGUCCAAGGACGUCGUGAUUGACAACGGAACUGGUCUGGCCGCCCGGAUCUACCUGCCCCCGUCGGCCAGCGGGAAAAGGAAGGAUCUUGGCAGGAUCCCAGUCCUCGUGUUCUUCCACGGCGGCGCGUUCGUGAUCGAGUCGGCGUUCACGCCGCUGUACCACGCGUACCUGAACUCGGUGACGGCAAAGGCGCGCGUCGUGGCGGUGUCCGUGGAUUACCGCCUCGCGCCGGAGCACCGGCUGCCGACGGCGUACGAGGACUCGUGGCAGGCGCUCAACUGGGUGGCCAAGAACGCCGAGUCCGGGCCGGAGCCGUGGCUGCGGGACCGGGGCAACCUCUCCCGCCUGUUCCUCGCCGGCGACAGCGCGGGCGCCAACAUCGUGCACAACAUGGCGGUACGCGUCGGGGCGGAGGGCGGGACCCUGGACAGCGGCGCGGCCAUCACGGGCGUCUUGCUCCUGGACCCCUACUUCUGGGGGAAGCGGCCGGUGGCCGGGGAGACGACGGACCCGGCGAAGCGGCGCCAGUACGAGGCGACCUGGUCGUUCAUCUGCGGCGGGCGGUACGGCAUCGACGACCCGCUGGUGGACCCGCUGUCGAUGCCGGCGGCAGAGUGGCGGAGGCUGGCGUGCUCGCGCGUGGCCGUGACGGUGUCGGGCCUGGACGACUUCCGGCCGCGCGAUAUGGCCUACGCGGCGGCGCUCCGCGACAGCGGGUGGGACGGGGAGAUCGAGCAGUACGAGACGGCCGGUGAGGGACACGUCUACUUCCUGGACAGGCCGAAGGACCCCAAGUCCGUCAAGGAGCUGGCGUUCGUCACCAGCUUCUUGAGCCGGGAGUAGCCAGUGGUGGCGUAGCAACUAGCAACUAGCAACUAGGCGUCACGACAUGUCGACAUUGGCGAAUGUGAGGGUUGCUGAUUCCAGCACAUGAUUAGCAGAUUAUUGAUAGCAUUUUCCUUUUGUUUUUCGUGUUUGGAUCUUGAUGGGGUUCCCGA